AUGCUACCACCUGCGACGGAGAACAAGUUAGAAUAUUUCUGCCCCGGGUCCAACAAGUGUCAGUGCGCAGAGGUGACAGCACGGAGAGCGCAGGGUGUCCGCAGACACCACGUGUCCGCCAUCGCUGAGGGGAACUCACCUGAGUCUGAACCGAGUGCCAGAGUCAUGGAGUCAGUCCCUGAUACUGUUAUACUGCAUUACGAAACCACUGCCAACACAACAUAUGACUAUUCCAGCUACUACGACAACUACGACUACUCCCCUUCUCCUUGCAACGAUUUGGACUUAAAGGAAUUUGGGAGUGUGUUUCUGCCCACGCUGUACAGUUUGGUUUUCAUUGUGGGAUUUCUAGGUAAUGGUUUAGUGGUGUGUGUUGUGGUGAAACACCGCAACAGUACCACCUUGACAGACAUCUGCCUUUUCAACCUGGCUCUGUCCGACCUCGUCUUCCUGCUCACGCUGCCUUUCUACGCUCACUACUCCAGGGUCAGCCACUGGCCUUUCGGGGACUUCAUGUGCCGUUUCAUCUCAACCUGCCACCACGCAGGCUACUUCAGCAGUGUCUUCUUCAUGGUUGCCAUGACAAUGGACCGCUACGUGGUCAUCAUGCACAGUCACAGGGUGGCAGUUUAUCGCACGCUGAGGGCAGGCGUUGUUCUCAGCACGUCCAUCUGGCUGCUGAGCCUGUGUGUCUCUCUACCAGCCUUUAUCUUCACAAAGGUAACAGGUGAUGAUAAUCUCUCAAAUUGUACCAACAACAUGGAAAACAAUGCCUGGGAAGAUUACAACAUCUUUGCGACAAAUAUACUGGGUCUCGUGAUUCCCUUGCUGGUGAUGGUAGUUUGCUACUCCAGGAUAAUCCCUACACUGGUAAAAAUGAGGAGUGCGAGGAGGCACCGUGCUGUGAAGCUGAUUAUCUCUCUAGUGGCUGUGUUUUUCUUCCUCUGGGUCCCAUUUAACAUUUGCAAUUUCUUGUACUUUCUGCAGUCAAAAGGCAUGUUGCCGAACGGAUGCAACUUUGACAACAAUUUAAAGUUGUCAAUUGUAGUGACUGAGACCCUUGCUUACACUCACUGCUGUCUGAAUCCCAUCAUAUACGCCUUUGUUGGACAGAAAUUUAUGUAACGAGCCGUGGAGCUGCUGGGGAAGUGGGUUCCUUGGAUUCGUUCUCGCUCCAGCCGAGAUUUUUCAGAUAGUACUUUCAGGAAAAGCUCUGUCAUGUCCAGGUCCUCAUGAUUUACCCACCCUGUUGUCAUUUAGCAGGUGGAGGGCAGAUGUGAUACAGUUUAUCGACACUUUAAACCACCAAGGAGCUAAUGUUUUCCCCCCUUUCCAUUUCUUUGAUGGCUUGU